CUUACUUCUCUGCCUUGUCAUCAGACGAGGACGUCGAGGCGGCUCUCUCUCUCUCUCUGCGGAACUCCUCCUCCUCCUCCUCCUCCUUUCCCCUUCCCCCCUCUCCCCCACGAGCCAAUGGCGCUGCCAACAGACAAUUCCUUCGGGGCGAUAUGUACUUCUACCCCAGCCUACGUCGUCUACCGCGACAUCUCAAAUGGCGAACCAUCCGAUCCAACCUCGCCUCUGCUCUUCUUCCCGCCAAAGGGCUCCGAUGAGCUGUUUGACGCUCUCCGGACUGCCUUUCCACAUCUCAAGUCUCACUCCGAGCGCAUGCGUGAUGCCAUUAUUCAAUUCCUGCUCGAGGAACGCCAAGAGGAGCUGCUUCGGACUUCCCCAGCGCUGACCAUGGACGGUACUGCUCCAACGACAACAACUUGGCUCUCUGCUUCAUCAUCAUCAUCAGCCUCUGCAUCUGUUUCCAGUAGUCCCGACCUCUUGGACUUCGCCACCCCUUCGUCGUUGGCCACCUCUCCACAGACACUCCCGCCACAGCUUACUCGGACCGCGUCCGUUGCAGCCUCGAGCCAGGCAAGUCCACCCUCACUGGACCAAAUGACGGGAGUCUUCAGCUUGUCUGCGGAAUCACAGCCCAAGCAGCAUAUGCGACGGAAGAUGACUGAGGCGGAGAAAGUCGAGUACCGCAAGCGCCGAAUCGUGAAAGCAUGCGACAAGUGCGCCAAGAGAAAGCGAAAGUGCCCUCACAACCAGACGCAAAUGGAGAUUAUCCCAGCUUCUUCAUCAAAGGCCGGAGCCCAUGUCUCGAGGAGGAGAUUAUUGCCAAAGUCAAACUUUGACGUCAACAAGAACGGGCAGCAAAACUGCGCUGCAGUCGAGCCUGUCAUGGCUGCCGAGGACUGGGACUUCACCGCGGGCUUGGAUAUGAGUAGUACCUUUCAAUCUUUUGAUGACUUUCCCAUGUUCGAGGACCCUUUUGCAGAGUUCACCGUCGACGACCUCGUGCAGUGGGACCAGCCAGCGACCAACUUCCAGCCACACGACCACCAUUUCACGCCAAACCUGGUGCCAUGUUCGUGGUCUGGACCAUCUAGUGGCAGCAAUUCACAAUCAGAAUCUGGUCUACUACAUCUCGCCAACACGGUGCAGCCCGUUCCUGGUGCCACUGGAGACUUGCAACAGCUAGGUCUACAUGGAGAUUUACCAAGUCACAGCAAUGAUAGAUCUUCCUUGGCUACAUCACACCAGCGAUCACGCCGCUCGAGCCACAAUGGGACUAGAACUCGAAGUGAUGUCCGGCCUGAACUGACCCAUCUACAUGGCUCACUCCAACAAGUCGAUCAACAGGAUAUCGUAGAAGAUGGACGGCAAAUUGUGUCUGGCGAUGGCAUGCUAUGGAAACACGUACACCCAGGCUCACAGGCCAUACCACAGCCAACGCGUACCGCACACGUACACAAUGCUGGAUGUGGUGAGCUUUCUGCUUCAACAGAAGCAAAUGAAGUGCUCAAGCGACCACGUCUGAAAGAGACGCUCGGCCAGAGCACUCUGAAGUUGGUCGGGAAAACCAAAGCUUUACGAACAGGCGCAGGACUUGCCAGGUCCAGUGACUGCAGUUCAGCUUUGCAAUCCUCGCCAAUCUCUAGACGACGUGCUACCGAUGCCCUGAGACACACGACUGAACCUCCACACAGUCCAUGCGGUGAAUGCACGCGACCUUCAAGUGUACGAGCUUCGGAGCGACGUGAAGGACAGUUCGCGGCCAAUGCUGUUGACCAGCAGCAUUGGGUGCAGAAAUCUACCUCCGUGUCGCAACCGGGCGGACUCCGAAUCGGAAUCGCGGCUCUACGCAAGGGAAGUUCAGCGCCAGUCAUUGCUUCUUCCGCUGCCAAGCAACAGAUGAGACUACCCAUGACACUUGCUGAAGGUGCUUUGAAGCUCGGCAACAUGUCGACAGAACUAUACAUGCUUCGCCGCCGGAUCCCACACAAGCCUGUCACCAGCCAGAAUUACCAGCAUAUAACCAACUCCAAGGCAGGACCUUGUCAGCUCACGACUCAUGCCAUUGGCGGUGCCAAUUUGGGGCUCCCUGUUGCUAGAAUCACCGAACGCUGCAUGGCCGCACAAGCGCACUUCACCUUCACGCCUGCUCUCGAGAAAGCGAGCGCGAGGGAUCACAUGCUUUGCCACCGCAAACUCCCUCAGCAGGACAGACUGCACGACUACCACAAGAUCCAGGAUCACCAUAGCAGAAGUCUUGCAAUAAUGGCGAUAUUACUCCUCGGACUCAUCGCCAUGCUCUUCGCAAGCACUCUGCCCAUGGCCGCUCUCCCUGCACUCUGGUACUCCUUCUCAUCCUUCUUCCCUGAUGUGGUUGUUGCAGCUGCAGAUGAGAAAGAAGAAGAGCUCGUGCAAUGCAGCGAAAUCAAUAGCUCAUGGCUAUCUCUUCACGAUCUGGAGAGUAGUCCAGCGAGCACGUCUGCGAUGUUCUGGUGUCAUAAUUACCAGCGAGAGGAAAUUUUCUCCGCAUUCCGCAUGAGAUCGAGGAAGGCUUUGAUGAUGAUGACGAUGAUGAUAUACCCCUUGAGCGGAUAUUAUUCCUCGCUCAGGCGUGGUUUUGUUACUUUGGUGUAAUUGAGCGAGAGGAAAAAGAAAAUAUGGAUCCAGAUGGAGGAAAUGAUUUUUUCUUUUUGAGUGUUGGGCGAUUUUAGCGGUAUUUUUGACUUCACCUACUUACCUACCUACCUGCCUACCUAGGGAAGAGUAGAUUUGACUAGGAGCAUGUAGUUUCUUGAAAAGAAAGCGAACUUC